AUGGUCGGUGAAUACACGCUCCCAGAGUUCCGCCACCAGCUGAAGAUCUUCCGGUUGCGGCUCGGAACAAACGAGCCGGCGAGUGCCGACAACAUUCUCAGCGACGACCUUCCUGGGAGCUGGGACACGGCGAGACUGCGCGCGCUCGCAGAAACGUUGCGCGUUGUGCUGGACGGUCAUCUUACAUGGGCGGGAACGCAGGAACUCAUCGAGAGGGAAAUUCUGCCGGCUGAAUGGGCGGGGUCACUCAUGGCCUUUGCGGACAACCACUGGUGUCCCGACCUUUUAAUGACGCUCCUGGGAUGGGUGACCCGAAGGCCUACCGAACGGCGAACCUUCGAGCAGUGGAUCCACCAUCGCAACAUCAAGACGGCAAUUGUCCUCGGACGCAGGCCAUAUUCUGGGGCAUCUAAAGGGUGGGAAAUUUGCUACGCCGUCGAACGAGCACUGACCGGAGUCCUAGGCGGCAUGCGUCUGUCCCGUUCCAUACCCUACAAUAACAGCAAAGAAUCCGGCACUCCAGAAGGCGAGAUGUCCGAAGAGCAGCGCGGCAUGAUCUGGGUCUUCGAAGAGGUGGGUAACUAUUUACGAGAAAAAAAGUCCCGCAAGUACUUACACGCUUACUGCAAUAGCGGGAAGGGCAGAACCGAUGUGAUUGCUGCAAGGUUGUCAGUUGCGACUCCUGCGUGGUGCACAACGGCACGCCGCCGUGCAUUACAUGCCGGAUUCUGCUUCAGAGCUGCUCACUUGAAGGACUUCAAACAGCCCAUUGACGUCAGCGACUCGAGCGACGACGACGCGGAGACCGGCAGCGGCUAG